AUGGAGGAGAAUUACGGCGACGCGCUGAAAGCGUUCGGCGGGGUCCCUCCGCUGUGGCCUCACUCGCCGCGAUGGAUCCGCGACGACGACGUCUACGCUGACGUCUUGCGAAAGUCCGACGAAGCCGUCCCCGGGAUCUCGCAAAUGGCGCGCCUCUUUCGCGCGGACGCCGCGAAUCAGAAGCGACUCGACCAACGGUGGUCGGCGUUCAACGCGAACGCGGCGGCGCUUUCCGUGACGCUCGGCGAGAAGCGCGCGACGACGCGCGAGUGGAACGAAGCGUGCGCGAGGACGGCGGGGUGGGCCGGGCUCGUCGCAUCCAGCGUCGGCGCAGCAGACAUGGACGCGACGCACACCAAGGAGUCGUUCGUGAAGCGAUACUCGAACGACAUCAUCGCGAACGGCAUGGACUUCUCGAUGCCGGACGGACCGGUGAUGAAACGACCGUGCGACAAGUGCAAGACGCCGUGCUUCUCCGAGUGCGCGAUGUGCGGCGAGGCCUUCUGCGGCGUCGCGUGCCUGAAGGCUGCCCUUCGCACGCAUCGCUCCACGUGCAAGCGGGUGUGA